AUGAUUAUAGUACUAACAGAUGAGCAGUGUAAUGGCAAGAACCCUUGCUCCAACUGCAUCAAGUUCAAGCAAAACUGCUCCUACACAACAAACAGUGACAGAAGAAGGAGAAAGUACCACACGGACUACGUGGACUUCCUGGAGGUGAAGGUGUCUGCUAUAGAGAAAUUCAUCAAAGAGUUCAUCAAGGAUGACCCAGAAUUACAUCAAGUUAUGAAUGAGAAACUGAAAAACUUGUCCAAAUUUGAAGAUGAAAUACCCAAAGGCUCUGACCCAUCAACAAGAACAACCACCCCAGUGGAUGAUUUGGACCCUGCUCAUGAAGAAUUAAUAGAUGACUUGUUGACUGCUACUGAACAAUUAAGAAUUGAUCAAGACGAACAAGAUGAUCAAGGGCAAAAGAGUCAAUACACCACUGAAUUACAAGAUUUGAUAAAUAAGGAUAAUGAGGAUGACAAUGGAAUAACGUCAACUUCGUCACCAAUCUCCCUUAUUGGACUAAAUUUAGUUUUCAGAGAUUUAUCAUAUUCUUGUUAUUUGAUUGACUUAUUUGAACAAAAUUUUGCUAUACAUUCAAUGGCUUUAAUACAUCUGAUACCUUUGAUAAAAGAGAAAAAUUUCAAUUAUAUCAACCAACCAACCCUAAGAUUAUUCAUGACUUGUGUUUAUGGUAUUGGUUCAAUUUUUGCAACUCACCCAAAUAAGAAAAACCAUGAAGAAUAUUUCACUGCAAUGGCUAGAGAUUCAUUAAUGAGCAUCACUUGUAAAUGUAAAGUGGACAUUUAUAUCAUCCUAAGUCUUUACUUAUUAUCAAAUUAUGAAUUAGGUCAAGGGAAUUUACAUCAAUCUUAUUUAAUGAAUGCUAUGGCUUGUUCAUUGGCUCAACAAAUGGGGUUACAUAUAGCUUAUGAUGAUGAUUUCCAUGCAACUUUUGCUCCAAGAUCUUCACCUUUGAAAUGUUCAAUCUUGUGGUCAAUCUGCCUUCAUGAUAGAUUAAUAACAAGUUUAAUUCAAGUACCCUGUGUCAUUCAUUUUAAAAGAAUUAUUUCACCUUUUUACAAAAUUUCUACAAAUUCAGGAAAUAAGUUACACAUUUCCGAUCUAUCAUUUGCUUACCUUUCAAGAUUAUGGUAUAUUUACGAUCGUUAUACAGAUCAAAUUUUUUCAACUAAUUUUGAUGUUGGUGAUACAAAUAACAGAGAAAAAGUUUUAAUCAUGGCAUUGAAAACUUUAAAAGAGUUGUUAACUUCUUUACCAAUUCAAUUAAGAUUGAAAUCAUUAAAUUUGGAAACUAAAGGUUCUUUCAAUCAACAAAAUUUGUUUAUCUUAAUUUUCAAUUUCAAUUAUUAUGUGGCAGUUUUACAAUUGAAUAAAAUAUUUGUCAAAGAAAAUCCCAACUUAACAAGAACAGCUACAGUGGAAGCUGCUAUUAAAGCUGCAAAUGUUUUAUCAAUUUUAAAUAAAGAUGAAUUCCCAGUGGAUAAAUUACCUUAUAAUUUUGGAUAUCUUGUUCAUUCAGUUUCAUUAGUAUUGUUGUUUAUUUUAACAGCUGGUCAUCAUUCAAGAAACUUAUCAAGAUUGAAGAGUGAAAAAAACAUUUUGGAAUUAUAUCAAGAUUGUAUUGAAAUUUUAACUAAAUUUGCAACAAAUUGGCCAAGUGCAGAAUUACAUUUAAAUCAUUUACAAAAAUUGGCUGAGAAAUAUAAUCUAAAUAAAAACUUCCAAAGUCCAACAAGUUCAAGAUCUUCUUCACCAUUAACAAAUUCAAUUCAAUCAGCUUUAGAACAAAUCAAUAACGAUUUAUUAGAUGAACAAUUCGUUAAAGAGUCAACUACAACUUCAAAUUCAAGUAUGAAUAAUAUUCCAAAUAACAUUACCAAUAAUAAUAAUAAUAACAAUGGAUUAAAUCCAUUUCAGCUAUUUGAAGUACAAUUCCCAAUGUUUGGAUUGAAUCAAGAGGAAAAUUUCCAACCAAUAGAUUACAAUCAAGAAUUGAACAGUUUCCAACAAUCCACAGGGAUGAUGGAUCCACAAUUUAUGCCUCCACAGGUGCAAUAUCAUCAACAACAGCAGCCACAACCAGUUUACAAUCCAUAUCAAGACUUCCCAACAUUUCCAACACAACAGCAACCACAAUCAAGUCCUCAAAGUAGUAAUGACAUUGCACCAUUAGAUGAAGAAUUUAUACAUGAUGCUAAAUUCCCAGAAUUACCAAACAUCAAUUUUUAA